AUGGCUUCAUUCAUUUACGUAUUACUUGAUGUUACUUCGAUUUUGAUUUUAACUAAAUCUAUUGAACUUACGGGCGACUAUGUUUGCACAUUCCUGGAAGAGAAAGAAGAAAUUCACUUGGAAAAGUAUAUUCAAAUUGUGCCAAUGAGAACAACGUUCAUAUGUGCUGACAUACGAUUCGGAUUCAAAUGCCCCAUUGUGAAGUUUGGACAAAGGAUCGCUCACAGAGCUGUGCCUAAAAUUGUUACGGUCACAUCCAAACAUUGCUGCUUUGGUUAUCAAGAAAUAAAUGGCACUUGCGAACCUACUUGCGAACCACCAUGUAUAGGCGGCAAAUGCGUGGAUAUAAAUAAAUGCAAGUGUGAUCAAGGCUUUGCGGGGAAAGCCUGCGCUUUGGAAUGUACCCGUGGUUCAUGGGGACCAUUUUGUGAUCAUAUUUGUGACUGCGAAAACGGGGCUAGCUGUGAUACUGAAAACGGGAUUUGUCAUUGCGCUGCAGGCUAUUAUGGUGAACGAUGCGAAAAACCUUGUGAUAGUAAUCACUGGGGUCAGCAGUGCAAAAACGACUGUCUUUGCCAGAAUGGAGGCGUUUGUGAUCCUGUCGAUGGUUCUUGCAAGUGCUCACCAGGCUUCUUCGGCAAAUAUUGUUUGAGCAAAUGCGAGCAGGGUAAACAUGGACCAGAUUGUAUUUUCGAUUGUAUGUGCAAGAAUGAUGGAAGUUGCGAUGAAAAUAAUGGAAAUUGUAAAUGUCGACCUGGAUUUGAGGGAAAAUUUUGCGAAAAAACAUGUACUAUGGGUUAUUUUGGUCAAAAUUGCUCCUUGAAAUGUAACUGCUUGCAUGAACAACAUUGCAAUCCUAUUGAUGGUACUUGUGAUUGUAUAGGAUUUAAAGGAAAAAAUUGCGAGGAACCUUGUCCUCAAGGUACUCAUGGAAAAUCUUGUUCCAAAAAAUGCAGUUGCUCUCUCAACGCCUUUUGCGAUCCAGUAGAUGGUUCUUGUUUAUGUCCAGCAGGUUAUAAAGGAAAAUCUUGCGACGAAAGAAUUUGUCCAUAUAAUCGCUUCGGAUAUUUAUGUGAAAAGGAAUGCGCUUGUAAUUUCACCAACACUCGAUUUUGCCAUCCUACAAUUGGAUCAUGCGAAUGCAAAACUGGUUUUACGGGCGCUGGUUGUAUGUCAGUAUGUCCUAUGUCCUAUUUCGGUGAGAACUGUGAACAAAAAUGUAAAUGCAACUUAGAAACUGGAUCACAGUGCGAUCCAAAGACUGGAUUAUGCAUAUGUGCGUUAGGCUAUCGUGGAAUGAGAUGUGAUGAUCGAUGUGAAGAGGGAUUUUUCGGUUUACAGUGUAAUUCAAAGUGUAAUUGUCAUAAUGGAAUAUGUAAUUACAAAUCUGGUUUUUGCGACUGUAAACCAGGUUGGCGAGGUCCCUCUUGUAGCUUACCUUGUUGGGGAGGUUACUUCGGAGUUGGAUGUAAGCCGUGUAAAUGCAAAAAUGGUGCUGGUUGUGAUGCACAAACCGGUCGUUGCAUAUGUAAAGCUGGAUGGCAUGGAGCGUCCUGUGAAUUGCCAUGUGACCAAGGAAAGUUCGGUAUUAAUUGCUCGCAAAAAUGUGACUGUAAUAAUGGAAACGAAUGUGAUCCAAUCACCGGAGAAUGUCGAUCUAACGAUUUAUGGUCAGAUAAUAAGUGCAAAAAGAGGUGUGACUCGAAUAAAUGGGGAAAAAAUUGUCAAUAUUUCUGUGACUGUGGUGAACAUGGAUGUUGCAAUGAUACAACGGGUCUAUGUCGUUGUCAUCCAGGCUAUUUGGGAAAAGCAUGCGAUAAGCCAUGCCCUACUGGAACAUUUGGUAUGAAUUGCAGUCAGAAUUGUUUUUGUAAUACGGAAAUAAAUGAAUGUGAUGGCCAAACUGGCGCAUGUCUUAUUUGUCCAAUUGGACGAAGCGGUAGCCAGUGUGAACAAACAUGUCCCGACGGUACUUGGGGCAUUAAUUGCUCUCAGCAGUGCAAAUGUGCUAAAAACCAUGCUUGCAACAAUGUCGAUGGAUCUUGUGAGUGUUUCAGUGGAUUCAUUGGUGAAUACUGUGAACUUGGAUGCCCAGAAGGCAAGUGGGGAAUAAAUUGUUCUCAGAAAUGUUCGAAAUGCAAACAUAAUGGCAAUUGUGAUCCAGUUGAUGGCGUAUGUCGUUGUCCAGCUGGUUACAGAGGCGAAUUUUGCGAAAAUAUUUGUGGAAGUAAUCAGUGGGGAAGCGAGUGUGCUAAUGAAUGUAAAUGUAAGAAUUAUUGGCAACUGUGCAAUCCUUUUGAUGGUAGUUGCUCAUGUCCAUCAGGUCUUAGAGGAGACAAUUGCAGCGAAUAUUGUAACGAUAACACUUGGGGUCCUGAUUGCAAAUUUAAAUGCAUUUGCGAGCCUAAAAAUUCAAAGUGUCAAGUUACUACGGGCGUUUGCUUAUGUAAACCCGGUUAUUUUGGUCCGAACUGCGAGCAGAAAUGUUCUGAUGGGUAUUACGGUGAAGGAUGUACGAGAAUUUGUGAUUGCCAUGACGAUGAGAUUUGUGAUCACAGAAUCGGAUGCUAUGAUAAAUUCAGUCAAUUAUUUGACAUAAGGAGCUCAAAAGCAAUCAGUAAUAUAACAGAAAAAUCGUCUUUUGUUGAGAAAAUGGUCAUAUAUUUGUUUUCUGGAAUAAUAUUCCUGACUUUAUUAGUGCUGCAUUAUCGAAGAAAAUAUAUGAAAGAGCGUGAUCCAGUUUUACCUUCGAUCAAGUUAGUGAAUUUCCACCGGUCUUAUAAUAUUCGCAAGAUAGCUGAUUAUCUAGCAUUCACCUAUCAUCUUAGUUUCUCUCUGGAAAGAUAG